GCGUCGCCGCAGCGCGGGCAGCGGGGCGCUGCCGGCAGCCAUUACCGGGAGCGCGGAGCUGCCGCUGUCGCCUCGCCUUGCUCCGCGGCCCCGCCGCCGCACGGGGAGGGGCCGCUAUGGCGGCGUAGCCUCGCCCUCACCCGCCUCUUCCUCCCCGCUGCGGGCGCUGAAGGCGCGGCGGCGGCGCGGCCUAGCGCGGAGGGCGGAUCCCCGGCCUCGCGUAGCGGCUGCUGUCCGCGGAGGGCCGCCCUCCCCGGGGCCAUGUCCCUCGUGGCCUACGCCAGCAGUGAGGAGGACAGCGAUGCGGAGGAGCCUGCGGGCGAGGAGGAGGAAGCCGCCGGUUCUCCCCCAGCCGCAGCCGAGCAGCCCUCGGCCCGGGGGCUUUUCGCCGCGCUMCCCCCGCCCAGAGCCCCCGCGGUGCCCCCGCCGUUCCUCAUGGGCCCUCCGCCCGCCGUGAGCGGCUUCGGCAGCGSCUCGCCGGGCCAGGGCGGGACCGAGAGCCCCUCCGAGCCCACCGGCAGCGGAGACGGGGCCGCGGAACCCCCCCGGUCGAGGGGGCUCCUGCUGCCGCCCCCCAGGAAUGCUGCCACCGCCGCUUCCCCCMUUAACCCGCCCUCCGCUGCCUCCCCCGGGGCGGGUUUGGGCCUCCCCAAGCCAAAGAAGAGGACGGAGCCGGUGCGGAUCGCGGCGCCCGAGCUGCACAAGGGGGAUUCAGAUUCAGAGGAAGAUGAACCAGCAAAGAAGAAAAAUACUCUUCAGGGACGCGGCGAGGGCUCUGGCUUGUCCGCUUUGCUUCCUCAACCCAAAAAUAUGACAGUGAAAGAGACCAAUCGGGUACUCCUGCCCUACGCAUUCUCCAGGAAAACGGGAGAAAACGCUUCCGACCCCAAGCCUGCCAAGGCUCCAAGCUCUUCCUCCAAAGCCAAACCCGUGCCCAAGCCGGCCGUGCCCACGACUCCGUCCCCGUCGGCGAUCAAAGCCGCGGCCAAGAGYGCGGCGCUGCAGGUAACCAAGCAGAUCACGCAGGAGGAGGAGGACAGCGACGAGGAGGUGCAGCCAGAGAACUACUUCUCCUUGUCUGAUAGGAGCGAGCCCAGCGCCGUGGGCACCGAGCCCUACCUGUACCCUGGCACGGCGGGGUCGGAGGACCCUCCGCCCGGGACAGAGCCGGAGCCCCAGUUCCAGGACGCGGCCGCUAAUGCUCCUCUGGAGUUCAAGACGGGCGCGGGCUCCAGYGGAGCUCAGCACAGCUGGGCACCCAAACCUGGCGAGGACUACGGCAGCCAGCCCUAUGGCCAGUUCCCCCCUGCCUAUGGCGAGCCUGGGGGCUACUACCAGGAUUACUACAGCAGCGGCUACUACCCCGAGGUGGAACCAGCCCAGGCCCCGCCGCAGGAGACCAGCACYGACUCCUCUUUCAUCGACGACGAAGCGGUUGGCACUUCAUUGUCUGUCCCCCUGUGGAAUUUGGCUUUGAGCUCUGCCAGAACAUGGGACCUGCUUGCUAGCUAUGGUCCUGCYCSSCAGCA